GUAUCGCCAAUCAACAAAUCGGCUGCAGCGAGCUUGAGGCGUCAAUUCACGAGUUCGGCGAAAGGUUUUUGAGGGUCUGAGUCGACCAAUUUCGUCCCCGAAAAAAAUCGAUCUGCGGAGCCAAUGCCGUUGGUGGUGGUGUGCGGCCUCCCGUGCAGCGGGAAGACGCGCAGAGCCCUGCAGCUCGAGGCGGCGCUGCUGCAGCUGCAGCUACGCGCCGGGCCCUCUGGCCUAGAAGGCCGCAGCGUGGCCGUGGUGCCGGACACGGCGAGCGUCUCGGGCGGCAGGGACCUCGUCUACGGGGAUUCAAGUAAAGAAAAGGAGAUGCGAGGCGCACUUAAAUCCGAAGUUGAAAGAAAAAUCAACAAGCAAGAUGUGGUGAUUGUAGAUUCGCUCAACUACAUCAAAGGAUGCAGAUAUGAACUUUACUGCAUCAUCAAGCACGCCCAAACGCCGCACUGCCUCAUUCACUGCGACACUGCAGCCCAGACGUGCUCCGAGUGGAACCAGCAGCGGAGCGCAGAAGAACGAUACACCCAGGAAGUCUUCGACGCGCUGGUGAUGCGCUUCGAGGCGCCAGACUCGAGGAACCGCUGGGACUCUCCACUCAUCACGGUGCAGCCGCUUGACGCAUUCCCUUUGGAAGCUGUGUGCGACGCCUUGUUCCACCGCAAAGCGCCUGUGCAAAACCAGGCGACGCUCAACCAACCACUCUCCUCGACCAACUUUCUCUAUGAACUGGAUCAAGUAACACAAGAAGUCGUUACUGCAGUUUUGAGUGCUCAGAAGACCAGCGUUCCUGGAGACCUCAUCACCAUCCCAGGAGCCAAAGACAAAAUGGAGAUGGGAAGGAGCGUCAGCAUGGCCGAGUUGAGGCGGCUACGGCGUCAGUUCAUCUCCUACACCAAGAUGCAUCCGACAGAAAACAUCGGCCACAUCUCCAACAUGUUUGUGCAGUACAUCAACAAGAGCACUAAAUAGCGGACGGCAGAUGGUGGACCCGGUGACGGGGGGGAGGGACUAAAUGCCAUGACGGAUGCACGCCGAGCAAGAACCGUUCAGAGUCUUGAGUUAGAAUCCAGGCGGCCGAUUGUUCUUGGGUUGCAGCGAGUUUGUCUUGGCCCAGGCACCAAUGACUGCACGCAGAAUAACGAUCGUGUUCCAUUGGUUUUGCCGUGUAAUUUGAUGUCAUCCGGCACUGAUAAACAUUUUAGUUUCGUUCGCCGUAUGACCAUAUCACCACAUGUGGCGGAUACAAUAUGGUGCACCGCUUAAUACGGAUAACACGAAGUUGAAGAGACUUUUGUAUUUCUGUGACAUGAUGAUGCUGCCAAAUGAACAUUUUUCAAUGACUCAUUACAUGACGCCAAUAGUUUUAGGCAAUCAUUUGAAGAAAACUAAAAAAAGUCGAAACAAAUAAUGGACAGGAACAGCUUUCAGUGUGAGGCUUGACUCCAGUACAUAUUUUAAAAAGGUAUUACUGAUGCACAUGUAUAAAAUCAAUGUUGUUAACGUGUCGCCUUUAUACCCAAUGAAAUUGUGCAAAGAAUAUUGUCAAGGGAUCCAUCGGUGAUUCCCAGAGUCGUUCUUGGUCGCCUGCAUUUAUUUCAUGCCGCACGUGUUUCCCAAGUUUUCUCCACAAAAGGAGCCGUUUUGUCUUCAAUGGAUGCUCACCAGGUGAAAUUAAGGCCAUUGAACUGAAUGGGCACGUGCAAAUGUGGCUAAACAAACUUUUGGCUUUUGAACAAUCGUUCUGUAUUGUGAGCUCCAUUGGCAGCUUCUCACAAGCACACCUUUGGCAUUCUCUUCCCACUCAAAUAUGCGUUCUGCACGUUGUGUGAUGCUGUUGCUCGGCAUGUGUUCGUUUAUUAUCCAUCAUCAGCCAUGGCCAUUCCACUGCUGGAUGAAGGCAUCACCAAGCUGCCACCAUCUCAUAAUAAAGGUUGUGCAAAUUAGUUACUACUUCAGGUCACCGGCGUGUUGGAGAGUAAACCCACAAUAUUUACAGUUUGAGCACGACGUUUCGCUGGUGAUUAUAUCCGGCAUCAUUGGGCGAUUUUUCCAAAAUACAAUUUUACAAAAUCGCCCGAUGCUGCUGGAUGUAAUUUACGUGACGAACUUUACUGGUUGGCCGUGUCGGGUGGUGGUGGCUUAACGACACUUGCGAUCGAACCCAAAAACAUUUUACGAAUAUUAGUCGCGAAAGCCGACGUGUCAAACCGCCCCUAUCUCUCAAUCCUUAGAUGUAAUCAUCUAGCACCUGCACACGAGCUGAUUUAUUUUCUCCGCUCUGCUGUGGACGUCCUCUCGGACGCGUUCCAUUCCUUGGCUGCCACUCCCAUCGUUAUUCUUGACGGUCGGCUGUUGGAUAUUAUUCCACAUACUUUAUAGCAGGUUUUUUAAAAAGUUUAGUUAGCACAUACAAAGCACACGACAGCAGGUGGCGCUGUCGACUUAAGUGACCGAUGUUUAUUUUAAUGUACCGAUUUUAUUAAUUUAUGCACGACUUUGUUCAUUUUUACAUAACUGGGGAAAGAGCGUUGGGGCUUGAUCUGAGGUUGGUGUGUUGAGUGAAUGUUGUUUUUAUGAUGGAAGGUUUGACGUAAAUAAAUAUAUUCUUAUGCUUCA